CACAGUACAGUUUUCUGGUCCGUGUCAGACUUUUUCAGAACUAAACCAUGUCCAUGCUACAGAGGUGGCCCCUCGUUUAGGAAUAAGGUCCUCGAUUUGUUUUGACUGGUCCUUCUGUUUGGAGCUACCUGGUUCUGCCUCAUCUUCACUGGCCAUGCUGGUAUUCUCUGUGCCUGCAUCCACGUGGUGACUGUAGGAGCCAUUUAUAGUUCAUGUUUUCAUUUGAGGUAAUUUGUUUGAUGCAUAUUCUGAAAUUUGAUGUUUGAGAAUAAUGUAUUUUGUCAUCAUUUCAGUUUAUUUUGAAAAGUCUCAAUAGGAUCUUAAGCUUUAUCGUGAAAGGUUUAUGUGGAAAAUAAACAAGUGGACAGCAGAGCCACACGAUGGUUUUUACCGUCUUUGUUGCUAACAAGCCGACGCGUUAAAAACAGUUGCUUCUCCGUCCGCAGUGUGGUUAUUUUAAAUAUAAGAGAAAGAGAACUUAUAAAUAUAUAAAAAUUAUAGCCACUACAGUGACCAUCAAAAUGAUGAAAACAUAUUGCCGUAAACAUUUUUUUUUUUUUUUUUUUUUUUUUCUUUGCAACAUCAUAUGAAAUGAUAGAUGUUUUCAUAUCGUCAACGGAUAUAUGGUCAUAUCGCACAGCCCUACUUCCUCCCUCAGUCUUUUUGUUUUCUUCCCUCUUCUUUUUCUGUCUUGCUCCCCUCCCUGUAUUCCUGUCACCCUUCCUCUCUUAACAGGAAGAAAACAGGGAAGAAGACGUUAUCUCCUUAGUCUUUUCUGUCUUCUCAUUUGUUCUUCUUGCCGUCUUUUCAUGUUUUCCUCUUUAUUUUUUCUCCCCUCAUCUCCCCUUCCUGUUUUCUUCCUCCCAUCUUCAUUUACUCAUCUUCUUUUCUUUCCUUCCUAUUCACCUCCUUCCUUACUGUCCUUUGUCUCUACCUGUCCUCCAUCUUUCCAUCUUUCUUUCUCUGUGUAUUCCUUUCAUCCUCUCUCAAUUUCUUCUUCUUUGUUAUUCAUCCUUCCUGGUAUCGUCGCUGUCUUCCUCUCUCCCUUGUUCUCUUGUCUUCUUCACUUGGUCUCUGUUUACCUCUCUUCCCUUGUUGUCCUUCAUCUCUACUUACCCUCUCUCACUCGCUUCCAUUAUUCCUGUCGUCCUCCUUGCCUCAGUGUUUUCUUCCCUGGCCUACUGCCUCUCUUCCUCCCUCCCUCUUUUCCCAUCUUCCUGUCAUGUUUCUCUAUUCGUACCUGUUUCGUCUUCCUGUCCUGUUUUCCUCCCUGUAUUCCUUUUUCUUUUUGUCCUCAGUCUUUCCUCUUCCCUUCCUGUAUUCCUUUCAUACUUCCUAUCUCUGUCUUCCUCCUUCCUUUGCUCUUUUACUGUCUCCCCCUCUCACUCUCCAUUUCCUUCACUCACUACAGCUCCCUUCCUUCCUUGUUGUCCUUCAUCUCUACCUGUCCUGUCUCUCUUCCUUCCUGUAUUCCUGUCAUUCUCCAUCUCUUAAUGUCAUCUCCUGAUUUUUCUGUUUUCUUCUCAGUCUUCCUGUCAUUCUGUAUUUCUUCCCUCCCUCUCUCUCCAUGUCUUCUUCCUCUUCUUUCUCUCUUGUCUUUCAUCUGUUCUCUCCAUUUUCCUCACUCCCGCUCUCUGGGCGUCGUGUACCUGGAGUCCAGUCUUUUGACCGAUGCAUGA